CAGCUAGGCUAUUUGUGUGUGAUAUAAGCCAUUCAAAAUUUUUGGCGGAAUUCUGAUUUAAGCAUCCCAUAUAAACCCUCCUUGUAACUUAUUUUAUUUUCGAAAUUUUCAGAAAAUUCUUGCGAAUUUAUGUUCUACACACAGGAAUUCAUACGACUAUGCAAGAAAAAAAAAAAAGAGAAAAAUUGUAUUGAAAAGGUUGCAAGACGCAUCGAAAAUUUUAGGAAAAUAAAAAUAAGUGGAAAUUUUACCGCUAACCGUACUGCAAGAUGGAAAUACUAAAACGAAAGACUAUUAAUGAACCAUAACUAAUGACGAUUACACCAUUCUCGAACCAUUCUCUGCUUUAUCGGCUAAACAACUUAACCUAUAGAACUACGGCCCACGAGAUUUUUCUGAAUGGUACACCUAACAAAAAGUUGGCAUGUUGAUGAGCCAUGUCCCAUGCAACCCGCUUCUUGAUAACGGUUACCCAAAUUGACAAACGGAAAGUUAUACUUUUUUGUUUCUGUACCCCAUGAAAGUGAAAAUAUUUACCUUGUUAAAGGUAUUUCCUUGCAAAAGAAAGUCCAAUAGAGUGCCGGCUAGCUACUACAAAACAUGCAGUGUAACGUUGUCAUUGGAAUCCAAACCAUCACAUUCUAAAAGUGUAUCCAAUGAUAUCUGAUGUUAUCGAGAUGGCAUAUUGAAAACUAAAGAAUGACAUUAGCAAGGAUACAAGGGAUCUUGCUUGUUUGUAUAACUUAAGUUCUAUCACUGAAGUAUUUCUUGUGAAUUGAGUAAUUUCCAAUAUUGACUGCACCUGUAUAACUUCUGUAUUAUUUCUGUGAUAAUGUCAAGAUUAAGUUGAAGAAGAAAAAAACAAUUCCUUACAGCUGAGACCUCUUUGGAAUCUCACAAAAUUUACAACUGAAGAAAAUAUGCACUUUGUGGAUAAUAUUUAAAGAAAUAUUUCUGUGAAAAUCCAAGAAGAAUUGUAGCUUUUCUAUUUUGUGAACAAAAUUUUAUAUUAUGAGGAAGAAACUUGGUAAGAGUCCAAUUCCUAAUGAAAGACAAUGUGCUAAGAAAGAUGUCUCCUAUCAAACAAAAAGGAUAUCAUAUGAGUGUGACACUUGUGGGAAGUCUUUUAAAAUAAAAAGAUAUUUAAUUCAACAUAAAUCUAUUCACACGGAUUCAGAAGUGUAUGAGCAUGAAAUCUGCAGUAAAAAGUUCUCUACAAAUGAAAAUUUAUCUGAACACAAAUAUAUUCAUACAAGUGAGAAACCAUAUCACUGUGAUAUAUGUGAUAAAAUGUUCACUCUAAAACGUCAUUUAACUAAACACAAACGUAUUCACUUGAAUUUGAGACAAAACCAGUGUGAUAUUUGUGGUAAAACUUUAUCUGUAAAUAGCAGUUUAUCUAAACACAAACGAACUCACACAGGAGAAAAACCAUAUUGCUGUGAUAUUUGUGGUAAAGAAUUCCUUCAAAAUGGAAAUUUAUUGAUCCAUAGACGCAGUCACACAGGAGAGAAGCCAUACCAUUGUAAUAUUUGCGGUCAAACUUUCUCUGUUAAUAGUUCUUUAUCAAGACACAAACGUACUCAUACAGGAGAGAAACCAUAUUGUUGUGGUAUUUGUGGCAAAACAUUCCCUGCAAAUAGUUCUUUAUUUACACACAAACAAAUUCACUUGGACAAAAAACCAUACCGUUGUGAAAUAUGUGGUAAAGCUUUUUCUAUUAAUUAUUCUUUAUCUACACAUAAACGUAUUCAUACAGGAGAGAAACCAUACCAAUGUGAUAUCUGUGGUAAAACAUUUACAGUUAGUAGUAGUUUAUCCACACACAAACGUAUUCACACAGGAGAGAAACCAUAUCAUUGUAAUAUCUGUGAUAAAAAAUUCUCUGAUGGUAGUUCUUUAUCGUUACAUAAACUUAAUCACACAGGAGAGAAACCAUUUCACUGUGAUAUUUGCGGCAAAGCUUUUCCUAAAAAUAGUAAUUUGUUGAGCCAUACACGUAUUCACACAGGGGAGAAACCAUAUCAUUGUGAUAUCUGUGGAAAAGCAUUCUCUGUAAAUAAUAAUUUAAUGAAUCAUAGGCGUGUUCAUACAGGAGAAAAACCAUAUCAUUGUGUCGUAUGUGGUAAAAAUUUCUCUACUAACGAUUGUUUAUCUAACCACAAACAUAUUCACACAGGAGAAAAACCAUAUCACUGUGAUAUCUGUGGUAAAGUGUUCUCCAAUAAGAGUUAUUUUCGGUGCCAUAAACUUAUUCAUACAGGAGAAAAACUUUACCAUUGUGAUAUAUGUGGUAAAAAGUUCUCUACAAGUCAGUAUUUGUAUAAUCACAGACGUAUUCAUACAGGGUCUAAGCAGUACCAUUGUGAUAUUUGUGGUAAUGCAUUCUUUCGAAAUAGUCAUUUAUUGAGGCAUAAACGUACUCAUACUGGUGAAAAACCAUACCAGUGUGAUCUGUGUGGUAAAGCUUUUGCCAUAAAUGGUCAUUUAACUCAACACAAACGUAUUCAUACAAGAGAGAAACCAUAUGACUGUCAGAUAUGCGGUAUGACAUUUGCUCGAAGUUCUACUUUAUUGAAACAUAGACGCAUUCAUACAGGAGAAAAACCAUACCAUUGUGAUAUCUGUGGUAAGACUUUUUCUGAUAAGGAUUCUGUAUCCAGACACAAACGUAUCCACACAGAAGGAAAGCAAUAUCAUUGUGAUAUUUGUGAUAAAAUAUUUUGUGGUAGUAAUUCAUUUUCCUUGCAUAAACUUAAUCACACAGGAGAGAAACCAUACUAUUGUGAUAUUUGUGGUAAAGCAUUUCCUAAAAAUAAUAAUUUGUUGAAACACAAACGUGUUCACACAGGUGAGAAACCUCACCAAUGUGAUAUCUGUGGUAAGACUUUCUCUCAAAAGAGUAACUUAGUGACCCAUAAACGUAUUCAUACUGGAGAAAAGCCAUACCGUUGUGAUACAUGUGGUAAAAAUUUCUCUCUGAAAGGUAACUUAUUGAACCAUAGACGUGUUCACAUCGAUUAGAAAUCUAACGUCUUAUAUAUAUAUAUAUAUAUAAUAUAAAUCUAUAUAUAUGUAUAUUUAAAAAAAAAUUUUCAAGUUUUUUUAAAGUUUCUUUUCAAAUUAAAAAAAGAUCUUAUUCAUCUUCCACACUUACAAACACCUACAUACAUUACAUGCACUCCCCCAUAUAAUACAUACACAUCUACUGCAUGCAUAAACCCUUCACACAUACACACGCAGACAUACAAACUCAUACACAUACAUCGUCACAUGCAUAUAUACACACAUACCCACACACAGCAUCACCAACGUACUGAUACACUUAUCACCUCGCCUCUCACAUGCACACACAUUCUCACACUCUCAUACAUACACACAGCAACAUUCUUCACCUCACUUCUCACCACUGAAUUGAAUGCCUGCCAUUAACCUGCUCAUCAACAACACUACUUUAUGCAUACAUAACUCACAUAAACAAACACAAGCACACACUGGCCAUCUCUGCACUCUCCUGUCCCCUAAAAAACAGCUUUUCUAUCUCUCUCCACUUCCGGUCACUUUAACCAUGUAAUCACAAACAGGCUGUUCCUGGACUUUUCCUUUCUCCUUUUUCUGACGGAGAGCGUUGCUCAAAACAAAAAAUAAAAAACAAAAAAACAUUCAUUUUUUC